AUGGGAUCAACUCAUCGAUCAGAAAAUGAAAAAAGAUUUCGAAUAGUUUGUUCGCAGGAUAGUGCUUAUCAAUAUGUGGCAGAAUUAGAAGAGAUGGGUCUGACUCAAUUCAUCGAUUUGAAUGAAGAUGAAUCGAUCUUUGAAGCACCUUUCAGAAAGGAAAUCAUCAAGUGCGAGGAGAUGGAAAAACAAAUAAUUUCCAUCGAAAUUCAACUCAAGCGAGAAAGUUGUCACAUCCCUGAUUACUCUGAUCAUGUUCCAACACCCUCACAAAAUGGAGUUGAAAUACUGCAUAAAAUAUUGAAUAAAACAGAGGAGGAGCUUAACCAAAUAAGGAAAAACAUUAGUGACCUCUAUGUGAAUCACAGAAAAUUACUCGACCUGAAAACUAUUUUGGAGAACAUUCCUAACUUUGGAACAACUCAAGAUUCUUACUUCAAAGUCAGGAUGGAAGAUCAACAAGAAUUCUUGACUGGAGUCAUCAAAAGCGCUAAGAAAACCGAUUUUGACACAUUUCUCCGUCGAAUGUCUCGUGCUCAAAUCUUCACCAAGUUGAUUCCAAUUCAGAAGACCAAUUCGAUGAUCGAACCCAGGGAGAAAAAAGUAUUUAUUCUAUUCUUCUCCGGAGAUAAACAACGAGAAAAAGUAAAAAUAAUUUGUGAAGGACUUCAUGCGAAAUGUUACACAAUUCCAAAUAGUCCCGAAGAUCGAACGGAGUUUCUGAAGAAAGUUACCGAGCAAUCGGAUCAAAUGAAGUCAGUUAUAAGGAAUACAGAGGAUUAUCGAGGGAAGAUAAUGCGCUCCGUUGGCAGAAAUGUAGUGAAAUGGAGGAUUAUGAAUCAGAAGAUGGAGAAAGUAUUCCAUAUUGUCAACAUGUUUCAUUUGGAUUCCGAUAGAAACUGCCUGAUUGGAGAGUGUUGGACAACAGAAGCUGAAUCAGAUAAUAUCAGAAAUGUAUUGAAAACUGCAUCACUAAAAUUGGAAGGUUCCAAAUGCCCCGUUUUCGAGGAAAUAAAGAUUCAAGAAGAUGAGGAAGCAUCGAUCAAACUGUGA